AACCAAGUCUGCUUGUUUUCCCCAAGAUCGCCUGGAAGAUCGCGCCCCAUCGACAUCUACUCGUCAUCGCCUGAGCUCCGGUCGUCGCCUGUCGAGAUUCACAAAGGUGCUAGGGCUAGUGUCUACCCCGUCGAGAUUGUUGAACGCUUGAGUUCAAAGCCUGUAACUAUCGGCGUAACCCUUGUAACUUGCCGAAAUGCCGCUGUACGAGAAGCUACUGGCGACGUUCAACAAAGCGCUCUCGACAAAUGCAGUAACGUGGACAGAAACAUCACUCCACUCGAUACCCGUCCACUUUCCCACCACCAGUCCGACAGGGGUCACCGUUGACUUCCAAAUACGCCUCGCUCCGCAACUCGCAAAGAAGCCAAUAGCAAACCCUGCCGCUGCACCGCCUAUCGAUUCUUUGCCCAGUGUCGUUGUUGCGAAGGAGGGAGAUGGGAGAGCCGGAGAGGUGAAAGUGCUACGCUCAAAUCCGUUCCUGCCGUAUGAUCCCCUGUUGAAAGUGAAUACGGAGGAGCUAUACUUGCCAAAACACAAUUUGUUGUUGAACAAGUUCAGUAUCGUAAAAGGACACGUGCUGCUGACAACCAAGGACUUUGAGAGCCAGCUCUCUCCGCUGAAUCGUGACGACUUUGCGGCCGUUCAUUCCAUUUUGCAGAGCCCAGCCAUGCCGCGGUACAUGUGCUUCUUCAACUGUGGAGCAAACUCAGGGGCAAGUCAACCACAUAAGCACCUCCAGCUCCUUCCGGAAUCGCCUGAGGAUAAGGACAUCGUCUUUCCUCCUAUCCACUCCGUCCUCUCGUACUUUCAGGAGGAUCGCUCUCGAGGGUCAAUAGGCACGCCAACUUCAUUUCCCGCCUUCCCUUGUGCUCACAGCAUUACCGUCCUUCCUCCUCUCCCUGCUUCGCCAGUAGAUUGCGGGAUCGUGCUGGAGCAAAUCUACACCAACACGCUCACCAGCGCUUUCGCAAAUGCGGGAAUUGAAAUCGAUACUGCGCUCACGCCUGACAGUAAUGAAGGUGCCGAUGCAGCUGUCGAUCGACGAGCACAACCAUCAUAUAACGUCGUUCUAACCAAGGAGCUGCUAUUGAUUGUACCGCGUAGAGCCGAGAAAGCUAUUGGAGGAUUGCUCAGCUUGAACUCCGUGGCAUUUGCUGGAAUGAUGCUCGUCAAGUCGGAGGAAGGCUUGCGCAGAACCGUGGAAGUUGGACCAGUGGAUGUUCUGCGGGCGGUGGGGUUCCCGAUGGGAAGUAAAUAGAACGUCACCCGACCGAGCCGAUGGGCCCAGUAGAAUAGAUAGAUGUAUAUGGAAGAUAUCCUCACAAUACUA